GCCAUAUGUCUACUUACACAACAACGUAUGUGUUACCCAAAAUCGAAUUUACAAAUAUACACUUUUCACUAAAAUUAGAUUAGUUUUCGUUAGUCUUUACUAAAAUAAAACAAGAAACAUAUUUACUAACUAAAUAAAACCGAAGUCUCUCUUUCUUCUUCCUUGUCUCUCUCUCUCUCGUUAUUGAUCUCCAUUGUCGUAAGGAGAUCAUAAAAAGGCCAUGAGCCUAAAUUGUCUAACAUGUCAAGCCCUUCCACGAACAGAUUCCAACAAAAAUGUUGAUCUCUCCGGUCCUGGACCACCAAAGGUCGAGAUUAACCAUGUUCUAGGUAAAACAUGUUGUGUAGAUCCUAUUGGUGGAAGAAAUUGGUCAGGGAAUUUGAGUCCUAGGAUCUAUGAGAAGAUUGGACGGUCAGGAUCGUCUUUAGCCCAUAAGAUGAAGAAGGUGAAAAAGAUUCAUCACAUUAGGCUAAGUGGUCCUGUUGGUGCUAGCCCUAGCAAUGGACCGACCCGGCCCGAACAACCAAAGCUUGUAAGGAGCACUGGAGUCCGAAGGAAUUGGAGUUUUGAGAAUUUGAGAGAUCAAGGAUUAAUAGAAGAAAAAAGGAAGAUUAACAUAUGAUCAUGAUUGAUCAUGAUUCUGAGAUUUUAUAUGAAUGUUUAAGAUGACAUAUAUCAUCGAUUGGAAGAAAGGAUAAAGUUGAUUACAUAUAGUUUCAAAUCCAGAGUCGUGAUUACAUAAAUCGUGAUAGAAUAUGUGAGAUAUAUAAUAGUAUUAUUUGGCGGAAAAAAUGUUUCCAUUUAUUUAUUACUUGUCACGUUUAAUUUGUUCUCUUUGAA